AUGUCUAUCCGAGAACGAGAUAUUUCCAAAUAUCAAAUACAAAUUCAACGGCCGACAUCUGCACGUGUUGACACAGGUAGAGUGGCAAUUCCAUUGCCUCUGCACAGCCUCGUGCAGACGCCCACAUUUUACAGACACAACUACACUAUUUCUGAACCAGCAGACAGAAACUGGGGAGUGUUUAUAAAUGGAUCCUGGACUGGGUUGGUAGGAGCUAUGGCCAGAAGGGAAGCCGACCUCACAAUAGGGGACCUAACAGUCCAUGAAGACCGCAGCGAAGUGAUGCACUUUCUUCAUCCUGCAGUACACACGACGAACAUCAAAGGGCUGUACAAGAAAGACGAUGUCCUGGAGACAAAAUGGACCAGUUACAUAACGAUCUUCAGAAGCAAUGUGUAUCUGAGUAUAUUUGGAGUAUUGGUUCUUGUGUCCAUUCUCUUUGUAGUGAUUGCCAGAUCAGCAAAUCGCCCACACCGUGGACUCGAUGCGAGUGCAUUGGUCGUCUGCCUUGAUGCAUCCUGGUUCACACUUGCAGCUUUGGCGAAACAAGGUGUAGACUACCACACGCAAGACCAUGAUGGUGUAGACUACCACUCUCAAGGCCUAUCCGGCAGGUUCAUGGUGGUAUCCUGGUGGAUAUUUGCCAUCAUCAUGUCAAUGGCGUAUGGUGCUAAUCUCAUAUCACAGCUGUCCGUCCACAAAGAGCAGAAACCUUUCCACAACCUGGCUGAGCUCACAAGAAAUGAGGACUAUUCGUUUGGUUUGAUUGAACCCAGUAUUACCGCGAUGAUAUUUCAGGUAAAUUAA